UGACACUGGUGAUGAGAUAUUCACCUCGCUAGACAAAUAGGUUGCAUUGACUAGCUCUCUUGGCACUCAUUUCAAUGGACGGCUUUAGCUACAAUAAGUAGCAGUUUUCAAAACUGCCAGCUUAGUACAUCCCUGAUUCGGCGUGCAGCGCUGGCUGAAUGUGUAAUUGGAUACUACCUUAUAAGGUUUCUGCUAGCUGAUUUCUCUCCGCGUGCUCCGGAAUGACACGAUUGGGGCGGCCGAGUUCUUUUCAUAACAAAAGAAAACAGAUUUAUAUGAUCAAAGGCUACAAUGACAAUCGACUUGAUAUAUUAAAAGGAGUAUUCUCCCUGCUUGGGUCGAGAGGCCCUGGGUGACCUCUCUCCCAAACUCGUCAGCUAAAACCUCAGUCUUUCACUACGUCAACGCUACUCCGAUCAUGGGCCGCCUUUCCGCUAUCGUUGCCUUCGCGAUAGCCACGCUUGCUGCGUUCGCCCAUGCCCAAGAUCUGGAGACUUGCCUCGAGUCAGCCGGCCUCAUCACGUCUUUUCCCGGGACCAACGCAUCAUUUCCCGACGACAUACGUUCAUGGCAACGCCGUAUCACCCCCACCCCGGCUGGUGUCGCCUGGCCAAGGACCGCUGACGAGGUCGCCGCCGCCCUUGCCUGCGCCAGGGAGGCCAAGGUCCUCGUCGCCGCCCGUGAUGGAGGCCACUGCUAUGGCUCGUACAGCCUCCCCAACGCCGGCCUUACCAUCAACAUGACCAACUUCCAGGAGGUCAGCUAUGACGAGUCGACUGGCUUGCUCACCUAUGGCGGCGGUGCUCUCGUGAGCCCUGUCGUUAGUUGGCUCUGGAAAACCCACGGUGCCCGGUUCCCCCACGUCCGCGCCAACAUGGUUGGCCUCGUCGGGUCCUCCAUCGGUGGCGGGUUCGGCUCGCUGUCCCGCAUGCUCGGAACCCCGAUGGAUUACCUCGAGGGCGCCACGUACAUGCUAUAUAACGGUACUGUCGUGAAGACAUCCCGCACGGAGAACCCCGAUCUCUUCUGGGCUCUUCAGGGUGCCGGCAGCUCGUACGGGAUCAUCCUCAAUCUGACCACCAAGACCUGGAAGCCAACGUACCAGCAGGCCAUCAACUACACCAUCACCCUCACCGACAGCUCCCCCGGAGCCGGCGUUGAUGCCCUCCUCGCCAUCCAGGACCACUACCUCGCCGGCCGGUGGCCUGAUGAGCUGACUAUGCGCUGGUCUCUGACAGCCCCUCCCUACACCGGCUCUGGCUUCUAUUGGGGCAACCCCGACGACUUUGACACGCUGCUCAAGCCCCUCGUCGACAAGCUCCCGAGCGGCACCCAGCUCACCCGCACCGUUCAAGACUUUUGGGCAGUCGAGAACGUCGCCACCCCAUCCAUCGACGUCCCCGUCGACGCUUACCCUCCCCGUAGCUUCUACCUCCAGGCCCUCGUCCUUCGCGAGGACCAGCCCUUUACCAAGACGCUUGCCACCGCUCUCUACGAAUUCACCACUCUGGCCUUCAACCGCACCGACCUCACAAAAUUCGGCUUCAUCGACCUCUGGGGCGGGAAGCCCGCCAAGUCCCUUUCGGACGGGGACACCGCCUUCGCCCACGCCAACAGCUUGUGGCUCAUACGCUGGGAGGGCCGCCUCGCGGCCGGUCUCACAAAGUUCCCCGCCGACGGCCUCUCCUACUUGCAGAACGGCCUCGAGCCCUUCAGGGAGCAGCUGGCGGCUGAGGGUGUGCCUCUGCGCGGCUUUGUCAACUAUCGUGACACCGCCCUUACCGUUGACCAAUGGAGCGAGCGGUUGUACGGCAAGAACUACGCCAAGCUCCAACGGCUCAAGACUGUGUACGACCCCGAGGGCAUGUUCACCGCUCACCCCCAGAGCAUUCCUCUCCCUGGCCAACAACCUCCCCCUGCCGUGAACUGAACUGGACAUUGCCAUUUAGAAAGCUGCCAAGAGUCAAUGAUUCUGUAUGUUGUAACAAAAAAUUUCUUUGGACUUUUCAGAAAACAUAGAUACGUUUCAAACA